UUUCCUUGUUCUCUCUGUCAAAGAUCUUUUGCUAGAAACCAUGACUUGCAUCGUCACAUGCGGGUUCAUACUGGUGAUAAACCAUAUGUGUGUCCUUGCUGCAGCAAAGGCUUUGCGCGCACGGAUGCUUUGAAAAGACACUUCAAGGUC